UCAGAAAAAGUUAUCUGCAAGCUCAAAUGAGCUAGCAUCGACAGAAAAACACACCCUUUCGAACGGGCCCAAGAUGGCCAUGAUCGAUGUGAGCCGGCAGAGAAAGUCUCUGCUCGGCGAUGCGGCAACACUGCGGUUUUUGCCGCCCGAGCUGCUCCUCGUGAUCCAAGACGACCACUCGACGCAGCUCUUGGAAGCCAUCGCCAAUGCUGCCCUCAUCCCCCCGGUCACCGACAGGAUCUUUGCGCAUUUCGAGUCUGCUUUUGCAGAUAUCUGCGCAAGAUGGACCCUCUGGUACCCAAAGCUCGAUGUGAGAGUUCUCGCAUCGUUUGCCAGGAUUCUGCCCUUUUCGCCGUCAUUAUCUGUCUUCCUCGUCUCUCAUCUUCGAGGAGCAGGCGCAGGAGUAGUAGGAAAUCCCGCCUCAAGGGUGCUCGACUCUCUCGAUCUGACCUCUUUUCGAGAUGAGGACCUCACUGUCGUUCUACUAGCCCUGUGGAGGCUCAACAAUUUUGACAAGAGGACAUUUUCGCCCCUCUCAAGACCAUCUCAGCUCCAGUCCUUGUUCGCCCAUCAGAACCCUGCCGUCAGAUAUCUCGCCGUCAGGCUUUUCUGCCAGCUUCAUGACGCUUCUGACCAAAAGCUCGAGGCCCUGCUCAGCAGGCACAUUCCCAGGGAUACCGGUCUCGUUGCGGACUUGGACGGGAGGAUGGCGGAUUUUACGUUCCUCAGCCUGUAUGAAAAUGCAAGGAGUCAAGAGGUCAGCCGCCUUCGCAGUAGUAUACAAGAAGCAGGGCCCGCCGAACCUCCUCAGUCGCGGAUCCCAACGCAAAGCCUAACCCCUCUUGUUGUCAAAUAUGGCAAAACUGUCCUCCCGCGACCUUUGGGUUCCGGAAAUACACCGAGCACUUUAGCACUAACACCGACAACCAUUGAAAAUCUUGAGAGUCUCAGCAGCCUGUUGCUGCGGCCUGGUCCGGUCCUGCUCCAUGGCCUGUCCGGGGCUGGCAAGACUUCUCUAGUCCUCGAAAUGGCGAGGGAAUUGGGAAAGCAGAAGGAGCUUGUGGUUCUGCACCUGAACGAGCAGACCGACGCAAAAAUGUUGAUCGGCUUAUACACAACAGACUCCAAACCCGGCUCUUUUCAGUGGCGCCCCGGAGUCCUGACCACCGCGGUAAAGGAAGGGAGGUGGGUUUUGAUUGAGGAUCUUGACCGCGCACCAACCGAGGUCAUGAGCACCUUGUUGCCUCUCAUUGAGCGUGGGGAGCUCCUGAUUCCCGGCCGUGGGGAGCGCAUUCAAGCAUCUAACGGCUUCCGCAUGUUUGCUACCGUGCGGACCUUGCUCGGCAUGGACGACAGGGAGAAUCUGCCUAGUUUAAUCGGACUGCGCCUCUGGCAGCUCUUGCACGUCAAAGCCCUGCCUCGAGAUGACUUGACAGAGGUUAUCAAUGCCAGACAUCCAUUACUGCACAAGUACGUCCCUGGCGUGUUGGCCGUGUUUGACCAGCUUAUCGCCUCCACCAGCGGGUCGACCCGUCGGACUCUCAGCCGGACUGCCCUCGACCGGCCGAUCGGCACAAGAGAUCUCCUGAAAUGGUGCGCCAGACUCGAGGACAUUCUCCGUGCCGCCGGGUGCAAGACGGGCGAUGAGCCCAUCACAGACACUACGAGAGACCGAAUGUUCCUCGAGGCUGUCGACUGCUUCGUUGGCAGUAUGCAUGAGCCCUCGUCGCGCAACAUACUGAUCUCGGCCGUUGCCAAAGAGAUGCAUCUUUCUCCCGAAAGGGUCCAGCACUACUUGACGAGUUACGUCCCGGAACUGGAGGACGGUGAAUCGAGACUAACCAUCGGGCGCGCCUCCUUUAUCAAACCGAGACGGACAAGCAGAGUGGCCAAGUCAAAGAGGCCAUUCGCUACGACAGUGCAUGCCAAAAGACUGCUGGAACAAAUUGCGGUCGCCGUCAAACACCGGGAGCCACUGCUCCUAGUCGGCGAGACUGGUAUCGGCAAGACCACUGUCGUCCAGCAGUUGGCGGAGUCACUUGGGCACCAGUUAGUUGCCGUCAACUUGUCGCAACAGAGCGAGGCAGGCGAUCUGCUGGGUGGGUUCAAGCCCGUCAGCUCACAGACCCUAGCGAUGCCCCUAAAGGAAGAGUUUGAGGAACUCCUUGAAAAAACUGGGGUUUCUGCCGAAAAGAACCAGGAAUACUUGGAGCGCAUCUCCAAGCGGUUUGCCAAAGGUCGGUGGAAAGAAGUCUCUAGGGAGUGGCGGAAGGCACCUAAGAUGUUUGAGGCGAUUCUGGCUAAGCUGGAAGGUAGCCAGGUCAGUAAUGGAGACCUGGGCGAGCAGCCUGCGAAGCGGCGGAAGACGGAGUCGACGAAACUGCAGCGUCUACGAGAUCUCAAGCCGCGUUGGGACAUGUUCUCGCAAAGUCUAGACCAGUUUGAUAGACAGAUUGCGAGUGGCCCCGCGGGAUUUGCGUUUGCCUUUGUCGAAGGCAAGAUUGUCAAGGCCGCAAGAAAUGGAGAUUGGGUUCUGCUUGAUGAGAUCAAUCUCGCUUCUCCGGAUACCUUGGAGAGCAUUGCAGGGCUUUUUCAGACUAGCCCGUCUCUUCUCCUCUCGGAGACGGGAGAAAUUGAGAGGAUUCAAGCGCAUCCAAAUUUCCGAGUUUUCGGUGCCAUGAACCCGGCGACUGAUGUCGGCAAACGUGACCUUCCGCUUGGUUUGAGGUCUCGAUUCACCGAAAUCUAUGUCGGGAGCCCGGACAGAGACAAGAAGGAUCUACUCACCAUCAUCAAGACAUAUCUGAAAGGGAACAAUAGUACCAUUGAUCGCUUGGCUGACGAGGUUGCGGAACUCUAUCUCGAAAUCAAGAAGCGCGCAGAGCUCAAAACGCUGGUGGACCAGGCGAACGAGGUGCCUCAUUUUAGCCUUCGAACUCUGACGCGAGUUCUGACCUACGCCAACGAUGUCUCUCCCUUUUACGGCCUUGAGCGGGCCCUUUACGAAGGGUUCUGCAUGUGCUUCACAACACUCCUCAGCGAAGAGUCUGAGCGGACUGUUAUGCCCCUGAUACAGCAUCAUCUGCUGAAGCGAUCUAAUAUCCUCACCCAGCCACCGAAGCGGCCCAAUGAUGGGAAGAAUUAUAUUUCGUUUAGGAACAGGAAUAAAGACCACCAAUACUGGCUCUUGCAGGGAAACGAGCAGCCUGUCGAGAGAGAGGACUACAUCAUCACCCCUUACGUCGAGAGGAACCUGUUGAACCUGGUACGCGCCACAUCCACCCGCAGAUACCCCAUCCUGAUUCAGGGGCCGACAUCUGCGGGCAAAACAAGCAUGAUUGAGUAUUUAGCCAACUACACCGGCAACAAGUUUGUGCGCAUCAACAACCAUGAGCACACCGAUCUCCAGGAGUACCUUGGGACUUACGUCUCAGACUCUGAAGGGAAGCUCAAGUUUCAAGAAGGCCUGCUGGUCCAGGCCAUGAGGGAGGGAUCAUGGAUCGUCUUGGACGAACUGAACCUGGCGCCUACCGACGUCCUGGAGGCUCUCAAUCGUCUCCUUGACGACAACCGAGAACUCUUGAUCCCCGAGACCCAAGAGAUUGUGCGGCCAGCGGAAAACUUCUGCCUUUUUGCCACGCAAAAUCCACCUGGGUUAUAUGGUGGCAGAAAGGUGCUGUCCCGUGCUUUCCGCAACAGGUUUCUGGAACUUCACUUCGAUGACAUCCCGGAGAGCGAGUUGGAGACCAUCCUACAGAAGCGAAGUCGGAACACGGCGCCAUCGGACUGCCGCCGCAUCGUUGCCGUAUACAAACAACUCACACGUCUCCGUCAAGAAAGUCGUGUGUUUGAGCAGAAGAACAGUUUUGCCACGCUUAGAGAUCUCUUCCGGUGGGCAUUGAGGGAGGCGGACACGCGCCAAGAGAUUGCAGAGCACGGCUUCAUGCUGCUCGCUGAGCGUGUACGGAAACCGGAAGAGCGAGACGAGGUCAGGAAAGUCAUCGAGGAUGUCUUCAAGGUGACCAUCGACCCAGAGCGCCUCUAUAACCUGGAUACCGCUCCCGAGCUUAGCAAUGUUCGAGCAACGAACAGUCAGGGAGUCAUUUGGACGAAGGCAAUGCGGCGACUAUAUGUGUUGGUGAAGCGGGCUGUCAGAAACAACGAGCCCGUUUUGCUGGUGGGUGAGACUGGUUGCGGCAAAACUACUGUCUGCCAGCUGCUAGCCGAGUUCGAGAAAAAGGAGUUGCACAUUGUCAAUGCCCAUCAAAACACCGAGACAGGCGACCUUAUAGGUUCACAGAGGCCGGUGCGAAACCGCGGAGCCAUCCAGGACUCCCUGCUCGGGGACCUCGAGGAGGCUGCUGCCAUCUUGGGAAACGCCAAAGGUUCACUGGAGACGCUGCAGGACUGGUACCGAUCCCUGCCACCCCAAGACCUGGCUAUCUUACCCGAGUCCCUGAGGACGAAGAUCCAAACCGCCGCAACCAGAAGCAAAGCACUCUUUGAGUGGAGCGACGGCAGCUUGGUCCAUGCAAUGAAAGAAGGGAGCUACUUCCUGCUGGAUGAGAUUUCUCUCGCGGAUGACUCCGUCUUGGAGCGUCUUAACUCGGUGCUUGAACCCCAGCGCACUCUUCUCCUUGCCGAAAAGGGUAUCACGGACUCGUUUGUCCAGGCUACAGAAGGGUUCCAAUUCUUCGCCACCAUGAAUCCCGGCGGUGACUUUGGCAAGAAGGAGCUCUCUCCCGCGCUGCGUAACCGCUUCACCGAGAUAUGGGUGCCGGCACUGUCUGAGGCUGAUGAUGUCCAUGACAUUGUCGUCUCUAAGCUCGACAGCAGGUUCAAGCAGCACAGCAAGAAGCUGCCUAAACCCAUUUCCCGGAUCAUUGUUGAAUUUUCCUCCUGGUUUGGCAAAACCUUUCGCCCUUCGUCUGCCACAGCCUUCUCUAUUCGGGACAUACUCGCGUGGGUAGAGUUCAUGAAUACCUGCCGAUUUCCCUCGUACGAGCUUGCACUCCUCCACGGAGCGGCAAUGGUUUUCAUUGACACCAUCGGUGCCAAUCCGUCUGCUCUAGUUGCCCUUGAUCCAAGAGAGAUGGCCUCACACAGGCAGAUGUGCCUGGAACACUUGAGCGCGCUGUGCGGUGUCGAUCUCACGACACUGUACUUCCAGGAGCCGCAACUCAAAAUCGAGGCGAAUCUGCUCUCUAUUGGGGAUUUCAGCGUCAGUAGGUCGGUAUUGGGAAGUGAUGCCGAUGCCGGGAGCGAGUUCAGCGUGCCAACUACCAAGAUGAAUGCUAUGCGCGUCAUCAGGGCGCUGCAGGGAACGAAGCCAAUCUUGUUGGAAGGUAACCCCGGCGUAGGCAAGACGACACUGAUCACUGCGCUUGCACGGGCCUGCGGGCGCCCAUUGACGAGGAUCAAUUUGUCGGAUCAAACGGAUUUGAUGGAUUUGUUUGGCACUGAUGUGCCUGUCGAGGGGGCCGAGGCGGGGAAUUUCGUCUGGCAGAAUGCACCAUUCUUGGAGGCCAUGCAGAAGGGCGAGUGGGUGUUGCUGGAUGAAAUGAACUUGGCUUCUCAGACAGUCCUUGAAGGUCUGAACGCAUGCCUGGACCACCGUGGCGAGGUAUACAUUGCAGAGCUAGACCAGGUCUUCAAACGGCAUCCCGACUUCAAGCUCUUUGCUGCUCAGAAUCCUCAUCAUCAGGGUGGUGGUCGGAAGGGGCUCCCCAGCUCGUUUGUCAACAGAUUUAUCGUCGUGUACUCCGAUGUCUUCACAAAGCAGGAUCUGCUACAUAUCACAGCCAAGAAGUUCCACAAGAUCGGAGAAGAGACACAGCACCGGCUCAUUGAGUUCAUGUCCAGACUUGAUGACGAGGUUGUUAGCCGGCGCUCAUUUGGGGCCCUUGGUUCUCCUUGGGAAUUCAACCUGAGAGAUACCCUUCGAUGGGGUGAUUUGUUGACUUCAGGCGAUGCUUUGCUGGCCGGUCGGCAGCCGGACGACUACUUGGAUGUGAUUAUCCGACAGCGGUUUAGGACAGGUCGAGACCGGCAGGAAGUGAAUAGACUUUUUACAGAAGUCUUUGAGCGGUUUCCUCGAGAUCAUGGCCUGUACCACGAUAUCAACCCCUACUUCGGCCAGGUUGGUCUUGCGACCCUAAAACGAAACCCCCUGUCACAACAGACCGCUUUCCCCUGUAUCGACCCAGUGCCGAGACUCAAGGAGAUUGAGUCCGUCAUGAUUGCAAUCGAGCAGGAUCUUCCGUGUAUCCUGGUCGGCCCUUCAGGCAGCGGGAAAUCUGCUCUACUAGCCUACGUCGCGGCGCUGGCCGGGAAGUCUCUCGUCAUUUUCCCGCUCAAUGCGGAUGUGGACGCAAUGGAUCUCAUCGGAGGAUUCGAGCAGGCAGAUCCUCACCGGGAAGUGCAAGCUUGCUUGUCAGAACUUCGACAGGCACUUCAAGCUCAGAUUCUGCGUACUCUUCCAGAUGUUGUAUCCAAUGCAGCAAUGGAGCUCAUGGCUGCUCUGCAUGUUGUGACGGGAGAUGUAUCCCAAUUCGAGAAUAUCCUGUCGCUAAUCCAGGCUCUGCAAACCGACUCGUCCAUCCCUGAGAAGCUUGCCACGCUUCUCUCGAAAGCUUCUGAAGCCCUUCGCAAGCCGUUGACCUUGGAAAAUCCACGCUUCGAGUGGCUCGACGGUGUGAUUGUUCGCGCAGUCGAGACUGGGGCUUGGCUCGUCCUGGACAAUGCAAACCUAUGCAGCGCAUCCGUACUUGACAGACUCAAUUCUCUUCUUGAGCGUCCAAAUGGUGUCCUCAGCAUCAACGAACACAGCGGCCCAGGAGGUGAGCCGAGAAUCAUCAAGCCUCAUCCAGAGUUUAGGAUCUUCCUCACAGUUGAACCCCGAUACGGCGAGCUCUCGCGUGCUAUGAGGAACCGCUCAGUUGAGAUCUACCUUGACGGGUUACCUCCGCACAAUGCUCCUGCGCAGGCUAUCGCGCCGAUUGAAGGGAAUCUGCAAAGGUUUCACACCGCAGCGAGCGUUCUGGAGGGCGAAACUGAAGAUGGACAGCUUGCGCCCCUGGUGUUUGACAUUCUGUCUCUUGCAGAUAGCAGCCGCCUGGAUGCGUAUCUUCGGGCAAUACUUGAAGGACUCAAUGACUUGUCGCCACCACUACUGAUUCGAUCUUCAGCGGCAAGCAGACAUUUGAAACAACUGCUAUCCUUCAUUCAGUCCCAAGAUGCUGGCUCUCUACGACAGUCCAUUGCCAGCUUGUAUGCUCCAUCUCCAGACAGGAUGCUGAUGCCGCUGCAUCCACUCGUCAACUCACCUAUGAUACCCCUUCUAGAACAAGGGCGCAAAGGGCUGGCAUACUGGCUCGCCAAUUGUUAUGAGCUCUACCUCGAUAUUCAACGUUUGGAGGAGGUCAUGGAGGCCCAGCUGGGCAGAGUCAACCUUAGCAAACCGUCGUCCAUGAACCGCCUUCAGCGAUCUUGGGUUUCAGACAAAGUCGCCUCACUAUCCCAGGACUCCACGGCCAAUGCUGUGAGGUUUCUCUCGUCGGUCCUCGGCGCGGUCAAGGCAUUCGUAUGCGGGGGAGCGGAAGAGUCUGAUGCCUGGAAGCAACGCAUCUCCGUGUUGAGACGACUGAUGCUGUUCUUCAAACGGACUUUUCAGUCGUUGAUUGCCGCCUCGUUCGAAGAGGCCCGGUUCCAGGCGCACCUGACUCAGGGGUCGAUGCUUCUGCAGCACAGCAUGGCUGUCUUGCAAGAGCAUGAUGAUCACAAGCUGCUUUCGGCGUUGUCAGCAUAUCUGGAGCGCGACUUUGUGAUUGGGUUCAAGCUUUCAAGCGGGCUUAGCAUGGAAAUUCUCUGGCAUCAUCUGCGUCCCGAACCCAUCCCGGACCCGCAGACUUUGGAGCAGGUCAUGGAGAUGGAACGCCUCGCAGAUCGCUUCGAUUCGCUCCGUUGGCGGGUCGAUGCUAACCUCUCUACUCUCCGGAGUAUCCAGGAUUCUAUGGCAAGGGUAUACGCCUUCAUUAGAACCGGCAAGGGUGAUGCUGCCGGUCUGGUUAAGGAUCUGCAGUCCGAGAUAACUGCCCUCGAGUUAAGUACCGGGGAACAUUCCACAACCCACCAACCCUUCUUUGCGUCCGGCUUCGAGGGUCUGAGGCGGGCACUCGUUUUGCACCAAGCUUCUUGUAACGCAACCAUGCACUUGGAAUCGUCAGACGUGGAUAUCCUAUCCAACGUGCCCUCCGCUAGCCUGAUGCGGCUGCAGUGCCUAAGAAGGACCCCUCUGCAAGCGGUGGACUAUAUACUUGCCCAGGACAACAUCGACGUCCACCCAUGGGAUGGGUCCUUGUCCAAAACGUUACUGCUCAAGUAUGAUACGGCUUCAUCGGCAAGUCUGAAUGAGUUACGAUCCCUGGAGACGGAGAUGCCCGUCAUGGGUAAGACGCUUAGCGCCGCGUCCGAGGCGCUGGCGACGGAUCCGCUCCAGAAAGCCGAGCAGCUCCUUUUGAAGCUGAUGGAUGAGGUGAUGUCUGCUCAUGAUGAGUCCUGCAAAGGAAAGAUUCCCGCGAUGUACCAAGAUUUGCUACAAAGCAGAUAUGUUGAUGGAACCGAUUUUGGGUGGCUUGAGCAAGGCGAUCCCAUCCAACUCUCUGAGACAUCCUUGCCUCCGCACCUAUGCUCUAUCUUCAAGACGUACUUCUCCAAGGCUUUGCUGGCACUGUCAGCGCCGGCCAGGGGUUCACUACCACGGUCUGCGUAUACUUCUGUCGCGUGGAUCCGGUUCGCUCUGGGCUGUGUCCAGCUCUUUGUUCCAGACAAAAUCUUUGAUCCUCACCAUCGAGCGCAGAUCGAAGCAGAAGAGCACCAAGAGCUGUAUCAGAGCCUGCAAAGGCAAAUUGCGGCCCUUGAAGCGUUCCAGCUUGCUUUCACCGGGCAGCGGGCCAGUCUUCGUGCGCAGCUUCUCAUGGAAGAGGCGGGAGGCUUAGGCGAGCCGCCAACUGUUCAGCCGAUCUACAGGCAUGGUGAUGCCGAACUUCGCGGCCUGCAAGGAGAAUUCAAUAACGUCCUGAACGCGUUGAUUCGGAACGAUGUUGCGGAGACCCUUUUGCGCUCGAUGGCAUCGUCGUCCGAUGAAGCCACGGAGCAGUUGGCGCUCGUUGAGCAGAAUGUUGCGCUGCUGAUCGGUCGCUUGAAAACGCGGUUCGACGCCUACCAGGACUUGACAAUGCCCUUGGUUAGCUUCCUUCGUUGUCUGAGAAUAGGUCUCUCCCUCAGCCGGGGUAUUGGCUCGAUAACCCGGACUGAAGCCGGUGACUCUCAAAUUCUGGCAGGGAUUACACCGUUUCUUGGUGGGAAUCCGUGGAAGGCAGAGACGUCAGAACUACCGCUUCGUUCGCUCGAGUUUCUUUCAUUCGUCCAGACCGUCGCGGCCGUGGAAGGUCUUGACAAGCUUCCGGUUUACCUACGACGCUCCCUCCAUGAGUCACUUGCAGCUUUCCACGAGGAAUGGAGCAAGAAGUUGGAGGCAGACCGGAAACUUGAGGAGAGCAAGACCAGUCUGUUCAAAUUCAAGGGCAGCUUGGAAGAUCAGGAAGAGUUUGACCAGGAAGAAUUCGACCAGCUCUUCCCAGACUAUACCCCUGAUGAGGACGGCGUGCCAAAACAAAAACCGCCUCGUCGGGGUGGUCGUGAGUUGUCCGUCAUGCUGGCCGAGGCGCACGAAAAGAUUUUCCUAUCGACUCAGGAAGCGCAGCAAAGCAUCAAAGAACUGUGUACUUGGGUUGCUCGCAAGAUUGCGCGGGAGAAACGGGACGUUGCUGUAGCCGAGCCUGAACUGGACAGCAUGCUUCUUCCUGCGGCAUUCCUCGUCUUUGAGGAGCAGAUGAAGGCUUUCACCUCGAGUGCUGACUCGUCCGACUACAACUUCUACACGGAUACCAACCUUGCCGAGGUCCGGAAGGUACUCAAUCUUGUCAAUGCCAUUAGAAAGCGUUUCCUGGAGCUGCAGGGCAUUGAUGAAAUUGGCCACCACCAGACCCUGGCUGACGUGGUCAUGGCGUGCGACAAGGUGCUGGAGAUGGCAAUUGACGACCCGCUGGCAAAGCUCAUCACCCCUAUUGAACGGUUACACGCUCACGUAUACGAAUGGCAGGAGGGUGGCUGGGCAAUUAAGGCCCACAAGGCUACAGCGCUGUAUGAGAAGCUAAGAGACACCAUCUGUGACUGGCGCCGUCUCGAGCUGUCAAGCUGGUCGAGAUUGUUUGACGCCGAGGUCAAGAAGAACCAUGAUGAUGCCAAGUCAUGGUGGUUCAUUGCAUAUGGCGCGGUGAUUCUCGAGCCAUGCUCCAUUCUGCAGCAGGGCUUGGACCUCAAGGAUCACGCUGUCAAGCUCCUGGGAAUCCUGGAGUCCUACUUCACCAGCGCGACUAUGGGCCAGUUCGCUGCCCGCCUGGGUUUACUCAGGCAACUUAAGAGCCAGCUGGAUUUGCUCGUUCUAGAUGAGCCUGCCAUGUGUCUGAUCCGCGAUGCCGUCCAAAACUUUAUCGCAUUUUACGGCCGAUACGAACGCAAAGUCGGUGAAACGAUUCGCGCUGGCAGGGCGCCGCUGGACAGGAGCAUGAAGGAUGUUCUGUUGAUGUCAAAGUGGAGGGACAAGAACAUUGACGCGCUCAGAGAGAGCGCGCGCAAGUCGCACCAGAAGCUCUUCAAGCUUGUGCGCAAGUUCCGCGCCGUGCUGGAACAGCCUGUCAAAACAAUCACUGAUCAGGGGCUUCCGGACGAAGAGGGGCACUCAACUGUCCCUGAUUCAGGCAGUGCGCUCAAGUUUCUCGAGGCCCAUGCCGACCGUGAGGCGUUCGUGCUCUGCCAGCAGAUGCUGCCGGCCAUUGGGAGCCAUCCACACUGGAGCAGAAUGUCUAACCUGCCUGUCGUCCUCAAGGCCAUGUCGAAGCACGGAUCUGUGCCUGCUCCUACAAUUAAUGCUGCCGAGACCUUAGACAAUUAUAUCUCUGAUCUCGUUUCGUCCAUCUCAUCGCUGAGAAAAGAAACCCCCGGCACGCUGACUGACGAGAACAAGGAGCUCGUCCGCCACCUCAAGACGCGCAAGGUUACGCUCUACAGUGACACCCUUAAGACACUCCGCGCAAUGGGUUUCAGUCGGAACCUGGGCACCAACCUUUUGCAGCAGCAGAGCUCAACCCAAAUGGUCCUCGUCGGCUCAAGAAUGCUGCCUCAUGUCGGUGGUGUUUCGGGCCUGGAUGCGAUCGAAUAUUUCUACCACAAGACGCUAGAUCUUGCCCCCCUGUUCCGACAUGCUGCUUUGGAGCAUUCGGAGGACCUGAACCGCGAGGUAGUGCAUCGAAGCAUCGGGUACCUGGAGGGUGUGCUGCAUGUCAUGUUCCGGCAGCGGCAGUUCCUGUCCAGGGCGGCCAUGGCAAAGAACGCGCUCGAUGGCGUCCUUGACUUUGUUAGGGAGCUGUCGCUGGUUGAAGAAGGCUCGUUCAGACCUCAAGAGAUGGCGACGAACCAUGGGCAGAUGGUUCGGUGGUUUGUGCAUAUGCUCAAGUUUGGCGCCUACCUUGUGGAGGUCCAUGGCAAACUUGGCGGCACGGAUAAUGAGGCAGUUUGUCACAAACUUGGGCAGUGGGUGGAGAGGUUCGCCAAGCUAGACGCUGCCCAUGACAGCCUGCCCCGUCUGCCUACCGGGUUCAGCUCGUCUGCCGGCGACAAGUUCCAGGCUGAUGUGCUCGAGGAGGUGGAACUACUUCUAACCGACCUCAACAUAAUUGAAGCGGAGCGACCCGAUCUGAUGUUCGUGAUGCAGCAGAUUGGACGGUGUUUUGAGAUUCACGAGACAGAGAUCAGCAACGACCUUUCAAGCAGCGACAUCAAUUCCUUCGCCACUGCAGCCCUGACAGUCUCAGGCAAGAUCCUCGUUGCCCUGCAAAACUUCCAGAAGGCUGCUCAGUCCCUUCCUAUGACGACAGAAGACCCCAGCUGGCUUGUCCAAUAUAGCGACGCCCUGCAAAGGUCUAUCGACGCCCUCCGCAUGGCCAAAAUCACGGAGGAAGUCGAGUCCCUUAUCCAGCAGCUCAAGGCUCUUUCCUCCAGCCAACCGACCACUGUCCCUGUGGCCCUCCUCCGCCUCAUCCAUCCGGUCCUUAUCCAGUACGCCUCUGCCUGCGCUCAGAACCUUGCUCAGUUUUCCAACCUCCACCGAGCCACCUGCCGCCUGGGCUACCAUCUCUCAUCCUCGUUUGUCCAGAUCGCCGGCCAGGGCUUCUGCACGCCACAGGAGAAGAGCGACGAGAAGGCAGGCGAAUCGGGCAACGUCGAGAGCGGCACUGGCCUCGGUGAGGGUGAGGGCGCGGAAGACAUUAGCAAGGACAUCAAGGCGGACGAGGACCUGUCCGAGCUGGCUCAGGAUCCGAACAACAAGACGCAGGGCGAGAUUGAAGACCACGAGGACGCCGUCGACAUGGGUGACGAUGAGCUGGAAGGGGAGCUCGGCAGCGUGGCUGCGGAAGAUGAGGAUGAGCAAAAGGACGGGGAGAAGGAUAAAGAUGGGGAGGACGAGGAUGAGAACGAGAUGGAGGAGCAGGCCGGAGACGUGGAUGACCUGGAUCCGACGGCGGUGGAUGAGAAGAUGUGGGAUGGCAGUGGCGAGGAUGAGGCGGAAAAGGAUCAGCAGGGUGAGAACGAGAAGGGGAAGAAGGAUGAGGAUCAAAGUGCGGCGGCCGAAGGGAAAAAGAAAGAGGACAAGGCGGGAGAUGAGCAUGAUGAGGGGAACGCACCGCCUGAGGAGGCUGGGGAGGAUGGAAAUGAAGAUGCCGAAGCGGAACCUGGACAAGAAGAGGAGGGCAUGCCUCAGGAGGAGCUGAACCGGCAGGAUCAAAAUGUGCAGCAGAAUGAGACGCUGGCGUUGCCUGAAGAUUUGGAGAUUGAGAUUGAUGGAGACGAGCAGAGCGGGGAGGAUGACGAUUUGGAUGACUUGUCGGAUGUGGAGAAGCCAGAGGAAACCCAUCCGGAUAUACAGGAUGACGCCUCCGAGCGGGAUGCCGAGGAGGAGAGGGGUGAGGAGGAACAUCAAAAGGACGAGAACAUUCCCGAGGAAGAGGCUGAGCAAGAGCAGGAGAUUGAUGCAGCUGGGGAAAGGGAAGAGGAGAUGGAUGUGGACAUGCAGGAAGAAGAGGGGCAGGAGGAGGGCCAUGAUGAAAAGGAGGAACAAAAACUGCCCUUGCCUGACGACACGGCUGGGGCAAACGAGGAUAACGCUCCACCCAGCGACGUACAUAACGGGGGAGGCCAAGCGCAAGAGGACACCGACAUGCAAGACGAUGGAUCCGAGAACAAGGCUGCCCAGAGAGAGCAGGGUGCGCUGGGAAAACAGUCAGCAGAGGAUGACAAGGCACCCGGCAACAAGGGCGCUCUUUCGAGUCUGGAUCAAGAUCAAGGGCCGUCCGACGAGGCCGAAGACAGGGAUUCUAUGGAUGCUCAGCCGUUCAAGAGACUCGGAGAUGCGUUGGAGAGGUGGUAUCGGAGCCAGCGCGAUAUCCAGAGUGCCGCGGAAAACCAAGAAGCAAGGCAAAAGCCAGCCGAAGACAUGGCUCAGGCCGAGUUCCAGCACCUUCAAGACGAGACCGCCGAGGCCGAUACGCAAGCCCUGGGUACUGCCACCAACGAAGAAGCUCGUCCCAUGGAUGAUGCGAUGGCGGUCGACACCGAGAUGGAUCAGAACGGUAACCAGGCUCUGCUUGAGGAUGAACAAGAAGACCAAGAUCAGGCCGAUGUCGAAAUGGAGGAAGCUGAGCAGGCCGAGCCGCAGGAUGCUCCCCGGAACGACCGCGAGGAUGGCCGGUCCGGAGUCGCUAUGCGCAAGGGUGCUUACGAGGCCGACGAGGACGAGGGGAUGCAACGGACCGAAGCCUCUCCAAACGACCUCGAGGAUGAAGACGUACAGGAGACAUCAACUCAGCUUCUAGCGACGCACCUCAGCGAAGAAGACGGCAACGCCAGACCGCUCCGUGACUACGCGGAAGCGCUCGAGAUGUGGACGACGUUCCAAACCAAAACACAAGCCCUCUCCCAGUCGCUAUCCUCACAACUCCGGCUCAUCCUCACUCCAACCCAGUCGACCAAGCUGUCGGGGUCCUUCCGCACCGGCAAGCGGCUCAACAUCAAGAAGAUCAUCCCCUACAUUGCGUCCAGCUACAAGCGCGACAAGAUCUGGAUGCGGCGGGCGGUCCCGUCCAAGCGGGCGUACCAGAUCCUGCUCUGCGUCGACGACAGCUCGUCCAUGCUGCCGUCAGGCGGCGGCGGCGGCUCCUCAUCCUCCUCAUCCGGCCGGCUAGCGCUCGAGUCGCUCGUCAUGGUGGCGCGGGCGCUAGCGGUGCUCGAGGCCGGGCAGGUCGGCGUGCUGGGGUUCGGGACCGACGUGUUUGUGGCGCACCCGCUGACGGACCCCUCCCUGGCGUCGUCGUCGCACGAGGCGGGCGCCAGGGUGCUCCAGAAAUUCACUUUCACUCAGGACGGCACCGACAUGGUCCGCCUGCUGCGCGCCACCAUCGACCACUUUGCCGACGCGCGCCUGGUUUCCGGGGCCCGCGGAGGCGGUAAUCAGGAAGAUCUCUGGCAGCUCGCGCUCAUCCUCUCGGACGGUCUCGUGCAGAGCCGCGACCAUGCUCGGCUGAGGCCCUUGCUGAGGGAGGCUAUGGAGCGGCGGAUCAUGGUGGUGUUUAUCGUCAUGGACGACGCUAGGGAGAGUAAAAAGGGCCAUAGCGUGUUGGAGCUGAAAGAGGCGCGCUUCGGUCCGGACGGGGAGAUUGUUAUCCACCGCUAUCUGGACUCGUUCCCCUUCCCGUACUACCUCAUUGUGCACCACCUGGAGGACUUGCCGGGCGCACUCGCGGCGCUGUUGAGGACAUGGUUCGCCGAAGUCAAUGCUUAGUUUUUAGGGUGAAAGCUUACUUUUCUGUAUUGGUCUGUUUUAACUUGUUUUUACUUUUGUUGGUGUUGUUGGUCUUUGCAUUGCCUGGAGGUUGCUUCACAAUUAAAAGUUGAUAGACCG